AUCUAUGUGUAUAUAUAUACACGAAAAUAGUUUGGUAGUAUGAUAGCGCUGAUUGAAGAAAAGAUAAUUAUCAUGUUUACAAAAAAGUGCACAAAAGUUCACUGUACAUACAUGGAAUCUGAAUAUUGUACAUACGUGAGUACAAUUCUGAAAUAAUACAAUUUGAAACUAUGAAACUUUUUAUUCGUAAUUGUGCAUCAGCAAUUUUUUGUAAUUACUUGAGAUCAAGCAACAAACUGAAUGUAAGAUACGCUUCGCAAUAUUACAAGAUAGAUGAUAAUAUUUCCGGAUUAAACGAUGAACAAAAACAGCUUCGGCAAUUGGUGUUUAACUUUUCACAAAAAGAACUUGCUCCAAAUGCCGCCGAGAUUGAUAGAAAGAACAAUUUUGACGAACUUCGGGCAUUUUGGAAAAAACUUGGAGAAUUGGGUUUCUUAGGAAUAACAGUGAAACCAGAAUAUGGUGGUACAGGUGGUACGUAUUUAGAUCACGUUAUUAUAAUGGAAGAAUUAAGCAGAGCAUCAGGGGCUAUAGCGCUUAGUUAUGGCGCGCAUUCGAAUUUAUGCGUUAAUCAAAUUCACAGAAAUGGGACAGAAGAACAAAAGCAGAAGUAUUUACCUAAGCUAUGCAGCGGAGAUCAUAUUGGAGCGCUUGCUAUGUCGGAAUCGACAUCCGGAUCUGAUGUAGUUUCUAUGAAAUUAAGAGCUGAGAAAAGGGGAGAUUAUUACGUUUUAAAUGGACACAAAUUUUGGAUCACGAACGGUCCUGAUGCAGAUGUUCUUGUCGUUUAUGCGAGAACGGAUCCGCAUGCGAGCAAAUUACAGCAUGGUGUUACCGCAUUCAUUGUUGAACGUGGUUUCGACGGUUUUAGUACAGCUCAAAAAUUAGAUAAACUUGGUAUGCGAGGUUCCAAUACUGCUGAACUUGUAUUUGAGGACUGCAAAGUUCCUGUUACAAAUAUUCUCGGAGAAGUGAACAAAGGUAUAUAUGUGCUCUUUAGUGGUUUAGAUUUGGAACGAUUGAUAUUAUCGGCAGGUCCUUUGGGAAUUCUUCAGGCUUGUUGCGACGUGGCAUUCGAUUACGCGCAUACCAGGAAACAAUUCGGGAAACGUAUAGCAGAAUUUCAAUUGAUACAAGCGAAAAUGGCAAAUAUGUAUACGCAUCUAAAUGCUUGCAGGAGUUACUUAUACUCCGUAGCAAGAUCCUGCGACGCUGGUCAUAUCAAUCGAAAGGACUGUGCCGCUGUAAUACUCUACAUUGCCGAAUGUGCUACAAAAGCUGCAUUAGAUGCAAUUCAAAUACUAGGUGGAAAUGGCUUUAUAAAUGAUUACCCUACUGGAAGACUUUUAAGAGACGCUAAAUUGUACGAAAUUGGUGCUGGCACUAGUGAGAUUCGUCGAAUGGUAAUCAGUAGAGUGAUUACCGAGGAGUAUUCAUGAAGAAAAAUCUUUCCACAUUCCAAGGAUCUUCGUGAAUCGACUUGUUAACUUGUUAAAAGUGACGUACAUGCAUCAAGUUGUUAUGAUAUCAAUUUUUAUAACUAUUUUUUCAAACUGAGCAUAAAUAAAAAAACUUUUCACAUUGUA